AUGUGUGGUUGUAUCGCGUCGCAUCGCAUCGCCAUUACAUCUGCCCCGCCAAAAGACUAUAUCAACGACGAGCAUAGCCAAACUCAAUACGACCUCAUUUUACGACUUCAUCUUACUAUCGCCAUCGCUAUUACUGUCGACUCCCGCCCCCACAGUCGAAUGAUGCAGAAAAAUCCUCCACUCAAAAAAUCUCCAAAACAAUAUAUCCUCAAAAACGCAUGCACACAGCCUCCUGUCCCUACUAUCGUUCAUGCCAAGAGAAAGGAUAAAAAAACCGGUCAUAUUGCACCCUUAUUAUCCUUGCAUUUUAUCCGGGUUUCCAAUACCCCACAGAGCGUGGAGCGUGAUGAUUGGGUUCGGCCUCGGAGACUCGGAGAGGAACCGAAUUAA